AUGCAACAUCCACAUGAAGAUCCAUUGGUGAUUAGCCUACUGGCAGCAAACUACUUAGUCAGGCGUGUACUCUUUGACCCCGGUAGUAGUGCCAACAUUAUUAUAACUAAGUGGACAUUCGACCAGCUAAAACUGGCUUUGGAUCAGGUCCGCCCCACCGGAAACCCCUUAGUAGUGUUCGGUGGGAGAAAGGUAGAGCCCAUAGGCGUAAUCACGGUAUCAGUCACCGUGGCCAAAAGAACUUUGAAGGAAAACUUUGUGAUUGUAGACAUCCACCCAACCUAUAACCUACUUAUAGGUCGAGGGUGGAUCUAUCGAAUGGAAGGAGUUCUGUCAACUCUGCACCAAGUUAUGAGAUGUGUUGGCCCCAACGGGCGAGAAAUUAUUGAUAUUUGGGGAGAUCAAGUGGCAAUGAAGGAAUGCUACCAUACCACGAUCCGACCAGAUAACAAGGGAAAGAAGUUGCUGAAAUAG